UUUCCUUCCCACAUCGCAACCUCCCUCGGCCACUACUGACCUUCCCUCUCUGUGUGUCAAUAUCAAAUGCAUGACCCGCCCUCCGCAUCUUCCUCAACUACACGAUGCCCCCUCCCGUCGGCAGAUACGGGCCCACUGGCCUAGGGGCUCCUUAUUCCCAUUUACAACAGGCCCAUUUGCAACAGCAACAGCAGCAGCAGCAGCAGCAGCAAGCCCAGCACCAUCCGGCCCAACACCAUCCGGCCCACGCCCAGUCGGCCAACACAGCUCUCCCGCCUCCCUCCCUGGGUGGUCACCCGGGAUUCGCCGCCGGGAAUCCCAACACUAAUAUCAAUCCCUUCACGCUGUCCGGCACCGGAAUCGCUAAUGGCAUGUCGGUCGCUGCGUUUGGGGGUGAUGGCGGAGGCACGGGCCUCGCCAGCCAUGCGGCGCAAAUGGGCUUCGCGAGAGGGGCCCAGAUGCAGCAACAGCAGCUACAUCAGGCCCACGAUGGCCGGUUAGCGUUGGAGUCGAAGGCCGGUGCCGUCAAGACGAGGAUUCGCGACGUGUGGAAGCACAAUCUGGCGCAGGAGAUGGCCGUGUUGAGGCAACUGGUGGAGAAAUAUCCGUAUAUCAGCAUGGACACCGAAUUUCCUGGCAUUGUUGCCCGCCCUAUCGGUACCUUCACGAAUAAAGCAGACUACCACUACCAGACCCUCCGGUGUAAUGUCGACCUCUUGAAGAUGAUUCAGCUGGGGAUCACUCUUUUCUCCCCCGAGGGAGAGGUGCCCCCGCCCAAUGCCACGGAUGGGAAUGGCCAGCCUCUCGGGAACAGCCUGGCCCCGGCUCCGUGCACCUGGCAGUUCAACUUCCGGUUUUCCCUGGAGGACGACAUGUAUGCGCAGGAGUCGACGACCAUGCUGGCCAAGGCGGGUAUCGAUUUCAACAUGCACGAUAAGAACGGGAUCGACCCGUUGGAAUUCGGGUCGCUGUUGAUCAGCUCGGGCCUCGUGUUGCUGGACGAUGUCCACUGGGUGUCCUUCCACUCGGGCUACGAUUUUGGCUACCUGAUGAAGAUCAUGCUCUGCCGAUCGCUGCCCGAGACCGAAGAGGCCUUCCACAAGCUGCUCAAUAUCUUCUUCCCGUCCCUGUAUGACAUCAAAUACCUGAUGAAGCACGCGGGACGCAAUCAAGCGGUCAACGACUCUCCGCUCACCCCAGCUGCAAUGCAGAUCCUCGCCAGCUUGGGUCAAAAAUCGGGGCUGCAGGAUAUUGCGGACGAACUCGGCGUGAAGCGGGUGGGCAUUGCCCAUCAGGCCGGGUCCGACUCGCUCGUCACCGGCGAGAUUUACUGGAAGAUGCGUCAGCUGGUCUUUAACGGCACGAUCGAUGAGUCCAAGUACUCCGGGCAGAUCUGGGGUCUUAAUGGCCAGAUGCCGUCGUUGAUGUACCACAUGCAGCCCCAUCAAACGCCCAAUCUCAAUGGUGCCACGAUCUAUUCCGCUGCCGGCACGCCGGGCACGCCUAAUGCUGGAAAUCAGACUCCCCAGCACAUGGGUGCCAUGACUCCUGGCGGGGUUGGUGGAGUGCUCGGUGCGUUCCAAAUCGGCAAAGCAUGAGGUUUUCUUCCUCCCUGCUUCUCGUUGAUUUGAUUUCUCGUCGGCUCCAUUCAGUCUCUUUCCUAGACUACGUCUCCAGUUGGCGACUACAUCUACACUGAUCAGUUGCACGCUUCCCUGUUCAUUUUGGCGUUGGUAGCCACCUUCGUCGAUGACUUUUUCUUUUAUACAUUCUCUUUUCUGUUACGUUUGGGCCAACGGAUUGUGGGUUCGAUGCGAUACGAUGGUUGUACAUAGCAUAAGGCAUUGCUCACCAUGGGUGCCUCGUUUGGUUUCUUCUGCGUUUGCUGCUUGGUCGUGCGUUUCCUGGUUCGUCCAUGGGGUUUGUCCCCUGGAAUGUCUUCGCGUUUGUCUCCGGAGGCGGGUGUUUGUGAGGAGUGCAUGGUGCUUUUCUCAUUGCCAUUUGUGUUUUUUAAGGUGGCCGGAAUGGU